UUGCAAAAUGGCUAACUACGCGUGUAAUAUUUUGUGUGCCUCUUUUACCUUUCUUUUGGUGGUCAUGACCAGCGCAGAUAUGACUCAUCUCGUCAACGAUCAAGACUCGGAUUCGCGAAUUGUUGGCGGUAAAGUAGUCAAUAUUAUACAGUAUCCUCAUCAGGUCAGUCUACGUGAAAGGAAUGCCACUAUACCGGAAGACCCCUACGACCAUUCAUGUGGUGGCAGCAUAUAUUCAGAUCGUAUUGUCAUAACGGCAUCACACUGCGUUGAUGAUCUGGAGAGCAACGAACUUAUGGUUGUUGUAGGCACGGAUCAACGCGAUGGUGGUGACGGGGUAAUUGUACCUGUAAAAGAGAUUCUGAUGCAUGAAGAAUAUGAUGAAGAAUUUGUGGAUAACGAUAUUGCUUUGUUGGUACUCGCCGCUGCGUUGCCAAUUAAUAAUUUCACCAUUAAAUCAGUUCAACUAACUGAAGUGCAACCGCAAGCUGGAGACAUCGCUACAGUAACCGGUUGGGGCUUAGACGGAGAAGGUCAGAUUCCCGACUUCUUGCACGAAGUGCAAGUGCCGAUCGUCAGCAAUGAGAUAUGUGACGAACGUUAUGCGGGUGGCAUCACAGACGCUAUGCUGUGUGCGGGUUUGUUGGAUGUUGGUGGCAAAGAUGCCUGCCAAAUGGAUUCAGGCGGACCGCUCUUGGUUAAUGGUAAACUGGCUGGUGUGGUAUCAUGGGGAAACGGUUGUGGACAACCUAACUAUCCGGGCGUGUACGCGAAUGUUUGGUAUUUAUUACCAUGGCUGCGGGCGACUAUCGCCGAGGUGGAAGCGACGCUUUUGAGCGAAGAUUAUUGAAAGAAGCUUAUUUAUGAGAAUGUGCAUUUUUCAAGCAUUGUUGGAAUUGUUAUAAGGAAAUGGUAAUUUAUUAAAUAAAUUGUUGUGUGUUAAU